AAGAGUCCUGGGUAAACGAGUGAACCAGCAUGGCGGAGUACUUGGCGUCGAUCUUUGGAACAGAGAAAGACAAAGUAAAUUGUUCUUUCUACUUCAAAAUCGGUGCAUGUCGCCAUGGAGAACGCUGUUCAAGGCUUCACAACAAACCAACAUUCAGUCAAACCAUUUUACUUCAAAAUAUGUAUCAGAAUCCACAGAGUGCAGCUCAGGUUGCUGAUGGGACAAGUAGUGCCAUUUCUGAUGUAGAGGCUCAGGAACAUUACGACAGAUUCUUUGAGGAUGUUUUCUUGGAGCUUGAAGAAAAGUAUGGGGAAAUUGAAGAGAUGAAUGUGUGUGACAAUCUGGGAGACCAUCUUGUUGGGAAUGUCUAUGUCAAGUUUCGUUAUGAAGAAGAUGCAGAAAAAGCCGUCAAUGAUUUGGACAAUCGUUGGUACAAUGGUCAACCUAUUUAUGCUGAGCUAUCUCCAGUCACUGAUUUCAGGGAGGCAUGUUGCAGACAGUAUGAAAUGGGAGAGUGUUCUCGCGGUGGGUUUUGUAACUUCAUGCACAUGCGGCCCAUUUCAGGAAUACUGCGACGAGAGCUCUAUGGACGUAACCGGCGAAACAGGAGAAGAGGUGGUGGUGCUGGUGGUGGUGGCGCUGGUGCUGCCGGUGCAAAAGAAACAUCACCGCGGUCUCGUUCACCUUCUCCUCCAUACACUCGUCGUUCUCGAUCCAGGUCUCCACCCCGUCGCCGAUCCAGGUCCCCUCCUCGCCGGGAUAGAUCCCGUUCACCCCCACGCCGCGAUAGAUCGCCACGUGAUCGUGAUAGGAGAGGUCGACACUGAACUUGCAUACCAUCACAUGACCGUAACCGAAGGGAUGGACAAAAGUGCUAUAUCAUGAAGAACUUUUGCUAUUUUGUAUUGUAUAAGUCGUUAGAAUCAUGACCCUCUGAGGGCAUUGUCAGAUAGCGUUUUACAAACUCUCUCUUGCUCCCUGUAGGAGAUUUGUGUCAGUUUCAAAGUGAGUAACAUCUAUAUUAAAGCGAGUGACGCAUGGCAGAAUAA